AUGUCGCCUGAAGUGUUUAAGACCCGGAUUCAAAGAAUCAGCGAAAUCAAAAUAAAAACGCGUGUUCCACACAUAUUUUCUUUUACGCCAUUCUUACUACUGGUGACAAUUAUUAGCAGUCCGAUAAUUGUCUCAGUGAUCGUGUCUACGUUAAGAUCUAAUUCACAAGGGAACGAUUCAAAUUCGUUAUCACCUUCAAAAUCGUUUUCAGCCUAUUUGUAUGCAUUCUUGGCACUUUUUGCAUGUUAUACUGUGGGAUUUGUACUCUGGAUCAUAUGUAUAAAGAGUUUCGAAGCAAAGCAAAAUAAUGCCAUUGAUAAGCAGCUCAAAGAAUUCAAUCUUAUCGAUAAUCCGAAUCAACUAAACUGGCGAAUAGAGAUCAAGUUCAAAACGGAUGCAGACGAAACUUCUUUGUUGAUGCACGAAAAGAAAUUGGUAUUGGACAUCAUGACAUCCUAUUCGACCAUAAUACGAUUCCCAGAAGCAGCAGUUAUCGAUAUCAAUGAAAUCUAUAAUUUCGGCUUAGCACGAACCAUGACACGGAAUUCUGUGUUUUCGAAUCUACCACCUUCGUACGAUGUCGCUUCUAAAGAUCCGCCGCCUCGAUUAUCAUGGAAUUCGUGA